AUCAGGACAACGCGCGGCUAAUCAGGUUCAAAGAACAUGGUGGGAGAGACAUUUGUGGAAACUUUGCUUCUCCUCCUUAUAUUUCUUCCUGCAAAUCAUUUCCCCAUUCCAGUUCUUGUAAGAAACUCGAGGGUAUUUUCAGACAACAAACAGGAGAAGAAAACAAGGGAGCACAGAAUGUCUAAUUUAGGGCAAAAAUCUCCCGACAGAGCAAGCUUUGUCAAUCUUCUAAGCCAGUACUUGAAAGAAAAGAGGAAUAUUGGGGAGUUUAGCGUUGGAAUAUCUUCAAAAUCUGAUGCUAAAGGGAAACAAGCAAAAACAAUGAAUCUUUUGUCCUCUAUGGCUGAUUCUUCAGGGACUUCCAGACCAAAUCUUGUGGCAUCAAACGUGAAAUCUGCAUAUUUCUUUCCAGGCAGCUUUGGUGCCUCCGGUUCCAUGGAAGACAACAUUAACAGGACAGUUAUCAGGAAACCGGCAGCAGCGGAAACAAAGAAUGCUCAGCUGACCAUAUUUUUCAAUGGCCAAGUGGUUGUAUACCACGAUUUCCCGCCGGAGAAGGUGAAGGAAAUCAUGGCCUUAGCUAACCAAGGAACCUCAACUACAUGUACCGGUGUUAAUGCUUCUGACUCUAUCAUGGAAAAAUCGAGCUCUAACGUCGAAAAGAUCAAUAUCGAUAUCCCCGACUUGAACAUCGCCUCCGCAACUGCAAAUACUCCGGCUCAAGACCCUAUGGUCGAGCGACGUAAUUACGGUGGUUCGGAUUUGCGGAUCGCGAGAAGGAACUCACUUCACAAGUUCUUCGAAAAGAGAAAAGACAGGGCAGCCGCAAGAACACCGUACCUGUUGAACAACAACCGAGUCUUGCCGCCGCCGCCGUCUAAACCCGAUGACAACAAGCCGUCGUGCGAGGAAGGUCGCUUAUCGAGAGACACACCAAGAUGCAUUGAUCUCAAUUUAUAGUCUAUAUAGAUGAGUUCAUUGUGUUGUAACAUUAGUUAAACCUUUUAGCGAUUACAGGAACAAGGAUGUUCGAUUAU